GUACAUCAUCUUCUCCGGACGCAUCUCUCCCUCUCCCAUCGGCCAUCGCCAUUUCUUCCUCCUCAACCUCCCCCCGCCCCCGGCACACCUCCCUUUUCCUCCUCCUCCACCGCCAUUUUUAUACUACUAUUUAGUGCACACCUCCCGCCCGCUACAGUUCGUACCACUCUUUCUUCUUCUUCUUCUUGUGUUACGGCACCACAACCACAACCCCCAUCCAUCUCUCUCUCUCUCCAUCUCCAUCUCCAUGCCAGCCUAGCCUAGCUACCCAAAGGCCAAAGCCACUACUUAUCUCACUCCCACUCCUCGCACUACCUUCUUCUUCCUCCUCCCCCCUUUUCCUCGCCGCUUCCACCCCUUUCUUUCCAGGUGUACUCGCCGGUAGCGGCUGCUGCUCAACCUCUUCAUGCGUGCACUGCUCAUGGCUCCGCGGCCUCACUCCCACAGCACCACCCGCCUAACAACCCACCACUGACCACCAAACAAUCCUGCUCAAUUCCCCUCUGCGGCGCCAUGCAGCAGCCGCCCGACAUGCCGCCCUUCUCCCCGGCCGGCUGGCGCGGGCCCGCCGGGGCGCCCUCGCCCAUCAGCAGCCGCCCGCCCGCGCCGACUCCUGCUCCUGCGCCAGGACAGCAGCACCAGCAGCAUCAGAUGGACGAGCAGCACGGGGCCGCGGUCAGCGGGUCGGGGUCCGGGAGCGUGGACGGCGGCGAGGAGGGCGAGCGCGGCGGGUCCUCGUCGGCAGCGCCGGGCGGCAACCGUUGGCCUCGCCAAGAGACGCUGGCGCUGCUCAAGAUCCGGUCCGAGAUGGACGCCGCCUUCCGGGAGGCCGCCCUCAAGGGCCCGCUCUGGGAGGAAGUUUCCAGGAGGCUGGCGGAGAUGGGCCACACGAGGAGCGCCAAGAAGUGCCGCGAGAAAUUCGAGAACGUCGACAAGUACUACCGCCGCACCAAGGACGGCCGCACCGGCCGCGGCGACGGCAAGACCUACCGCUUCUUCACCGAGCUCGAGGCGCUCCACGGCGCGCACCAACCGCCGCCUGCUGCUCCCGUCUCCGCCACCAUCGUCACCUACUCCGCCGUGCCCACCGCGCCGCCGCGCGUCCUGCAGGCUGCAGAGCCGUCUCCGCCGCCUCUAUUCCUCACGCAUCAGCCGGUGCCUACGGAAUCGCCUGCAUGCCUGACGACGACGGCGCCGGUGGGCGACGCGAGCUUCUCGGACUCUGACGGCGAGGACACGGACGAGACCGCCGACGGCGGCAAGCGCAAGCGAAGGGGCGGCAGCUGGGGCCAUGGCGGCAAGGCCAUGAGGUUCUUCGAGGGGCUGAUGCGGCAGGUCAUGGAGCGGCAGGAGGCCAUGCAGAGCCGCCUCCUCGAGGCCAUCGAGCGGCGCGACCAGGACCGCAUGAUCCGCGAGGAGGCCUGGCGGAGGCAGGAGGUGGCCCGCCUCGCCCGCGAGCAGGACGCGCUCGCGCAGGAGCGCGCCGUGGCCGCCUCACGCGACGCCGCCGUCGUGUCCUUCAUCCAGAGGAUCACCGGGCAGAUCGUCCCCGUGCAGGCGCCAUCAUCCUUCCCCGCAAAGCCGGCAGCCACCGUCACCUCUGUCAAACCGCCGCCGCUGCAGCCGACGCCCGUCGCCUCCGCUGCACCUGCGCCGGCCCCUCCAACGCCACGGCCGCCGGUUCAGGCGCAGCCUAACGUGACUACACCAAUGAGAACACAACCGCAGACGCCGCAGCCACAGCAACACGUAACGCCGACGGCGACGCCAGAGCCACAGCCACAGACGCCGCAGCAGCAGCCACACCACCAACAGAGCAAGGAGAUCGUCGUCCACGCGCCGGAGCAGCCGCCGGUGGACAUGGCAGGCGGGGCGUCGCCGUCGAGGUGGCCCAAGGCGGAGGUGCACGCGCUGAUCCAGCUGCGGACGGAGAUGGAGGCGCGGUACCAGGACACGGCGCCCAAGGGCCCGCUGUGGGAGGACAUCUCGGUGGGGAUGCGGCGGCUGGGAUACAACCGGAGCUCCAAGCGCUGCAAGGAGAAGUGGGAGAACAUCAACAAGUACUUCAAGAAGGUAAAGGAAAGCAGCCGGAAGCGCCCCGAGGACUCCAAGACGUGCCCCUACUUCCACCAGCUCGACGCGCUCUACCGCACCAAGGCGCUCGCAGUCGGAUCCUCCUCCUCCUCCUCCUCCGGCGUCCACGCGCCGGCGCUGCAGGCACCGGCGCCGUCCUCGGCUCGCGCCGAGCCUGCCGCGGUCACCGUGCUCGCGCCGGUGCCGCUGUCGUCCCAGACGCCGUCACCUGCGGCGCAGCACGUCGAGCACGCUGCCAAGAACUUGAUCAGCAACGGUAACGGCCAUGGCAACGGCGCUGCCAUGCAAGUGAAGGCGAGCAACGGCGCCCCGCCUACCGUGGCUAUGUUCCCCAGCUCUGCCCAAGCCGCCGGCAACGGCGCCAACAGCGGCACGGCGACGAACAAACUGGAGCUGAAGCAAGAAGGCGUCGCCAAGGAGACGGCACCGGUGGUGCAGCCGGCCGUGGCCAUGAAUCACAGCUACGGCCGCAACGACAGAAGGGACGUCUACGACCUGGACAGCGACAGCAUGGACGAGGACGACGAGGACGACUUCGACGACGAUGACGAUGAGGAAGACGACGACGUCCCCGGCGGCCGCAACAUCAACAUGCCGCCGGUGCUGCAUCAGUACGACGCCCACUUCCUCCAAAGGCAGCAUCAGCAUCAGCAGCAGCAGCAACAGAACCACAACCACAACCACAACGUAGUCAGGCCCAACGCGGCGAACGGCAGCGGCAACCCGCCGGCGGGCAACGCCACACCAACAUCGGCGGCGGGGGCGACAAACGGGGCGCCAUUCCUGGCCAUGGUCCAGUGACGAUGGAUCGAGCAAGACGACGCUAGCGCUACAAACCAAGAAGGCCCAGGUGGUACCGAUCUCGAUCUCUCACUCAUGUGCCCAUACGGAUCCACAUUUGCACAUGCCCACUUGAUGAUGGAUUGAUACCCCCUGCCUGCCGCUGCGUGCUAGGUAAAAAACCCAGACCUGAAAACCCUACUACACAGAAUUUACUUCUGCUCCUUCCAAUCCAACAACCCUAAAUUAUUUCCAUUAUUGUUUAUUACUAUUAUUCCUGGUGCACAUACAUAUAUAUAUAUGGGCGGCGUAUACAUGAUGUACAUGUCACAUAUCUUCACCACACUGUACGUAGAUGCAUGGUAAAUUAAACGGCGUGGGGAUUUCCUUUUUUUUUCCACUUUACUUUGAGGAUACUUCUGGAGCUACCAUUUUUGUCUAAAAGAAGUUACUGUCCCGUAUGUGUCAUGUAAGAAUUUUUGUGCUCUUGUUAAAUGUUAAUGACUGUCCGGAACUUUUACACUUGGUAAA